AUGGAUCGGGACCGGACGCUUCGGGGAUCCUGCUCUUGUGGCCGAAUCCAAUAUACUGUUGUCAUCCCUCGCAACGCUGUCACGCAAGCCGAGGUCUAUUUUGAUACAAGCAGUGACCGUCGGAGAUACCAAGCAGCUCCAUUGACCGCAUGGCUCCGCGUGCCCCUAGAAUGGUACCACUCCUUCACAACAUCCUACUUCCCAGAUGAAACACACGCUGCCAUCCGCCGCACAUUCAUCCCGCCCAAUGAUCCGCAUUCCCAGCGCAAUUUCUGUGGCUUCUGCGGCACGCCCAUGUCGUACUGGAGCGAGAACCCGCCCGAGGAAGCUGAGUUCAUGUCUGUGACUAUAGGCAGCUUGUUCAGCGAGGACCAAGGUGCACUGGAGGAUUUGGAUCUGUUGCCCUCAGAUGCGGAUACAGAUACGGAGGUUGGCAGUGGCCAUGGCACCCCCGCUGCGGCUUCUGCCCCUGCCAAUCAUUCUGCUACGGGCCGGUCAGCUUUGUCUACUGCAUCGACCUCUACACAAAUUGGCCCGAGAUUCAUAGAACCACGUGUCUCUGUCAGGCGUCGGUUUGGCGUCGUCAAUGGCAUCCCAUGGUUCGAGGAGAUGAUGCAAGGGAGCCGGUUGGGGAGGGUUGGAAAGAGUCGGCGCGGGGUGGGCAUCAGUGCUGAUAGAACGAUGAGGUUGGAAUGGGAGUGGACAUCAUUCAUCGCCUGCCCAGCUACUACAACCAUUUAG